CUGUUCGGGUGGUUGAGAGAACGCAGUCUGGGCCGCGGGCUGUGCGUGGACCCGGCGCGGGACAAUUUUCGCACCAUGACUAACCUCUAUGGCUCCAUCCAUCCCGCGGACUCGGUGUACCUCAGCACCCGCACCCACGGCGCCGUCUUCAACCUCGAGUACUCCCCCGACGGGUCAGUGUUGACUGUUGCUUGUGAACAGACUGAAGUUCUGCUUUUUGACCCUAUAUCUUCAAAGCACAUAAAAACACUUUCUGAAGCUCAUGAAGACUGUGUAAAUAAUAUCAGAUUUCUUGAUAACCGGCUGUUUGCCACCUGCUCCGAUGACACUACAAUAGCACUGUGGGAUCUGAGGAAAUUGAACACCAAAGUAUGCACUUUACAUGGUCACACUAGCUGGGUGAAGAACAUCGAAUAUGAUACUAAUACAAGACUCUUAGUAACAUCAGGAUUUGAUGGAAAUGUCAUUAUUUGGGACACCAACAGGUGUACAGAAGACGGGUGUCCACAUAAGAAAUUCUUUCACACACGUUUUCUCAUGAGAAUGAGAUUAACACCAGAUUGUUCCAAAAUGUUGAUCUCAACGUCCUCUGGAUAUCUCUUGAUUUUGCACGAUCUUGACUUAACCAAGUCUUUAGAAGUAGGCAGCUAUCCUAUUUUGAGAGCAAGAAGAACUACAUCAAGUUCAGAUCUGACCACUUCAAGUUCAUCUGGUCCUAGAGUUUCUGGUUCACCUUGUCAUCAUAGUGAUUCUAAUUCAUCUUCUGAGAAACACAUGUCACGAACCUCACAAAGAGAAGGAGUUUCACCACGAAAUAGUCUUGAAGUCUUAACCCCAGAAGUUCCUGGUGAGAGAGACCGUGGAAACUGCAUCACAUCCUUACAGCUGCACCCGAAAGGCUGGGCCACACUCCUUCGGUGCUCAAGCAACACUGAUGAUCAGGAGUGGACUUGUGUCUAUGAAUUCCAGGAAGGAGCUCCCGUGCGGCCAGUCUCCCCUCGCUGUUCUCUGCGACUGACUCAUUACAUUGAAGAGGCCAAUGUAGGCAGGGGUUAUAUCAAAGAACUUUGCUUCAGCCCUGAUGGGCGGAUGAUUUCUUCCCCACAUGGCUACGGGAUUCGCUUGCUGGGAUUUGACAAACAGUGCAGUGAACUUAUUGACUGUUUGCCCAAAGAAGCCAGUCCCCUGCGGGUGAUCCGUUCUCUGUACUCUCAUAAUGAUGUGGUACUGACAACAAAGUUCUCUCCGACACAUUGUCAGAUCGCCUCAGGGUGCCUUAGUGGACGGGUUUCUUUGUAUCAGCCAAAGUUUUAGGCACAACUUACAUCAAAUAAGAAACUGUUCUGGUGUUUGACUUAUGAAUUACUUCAAUUUAGGUGAAGUAUUUUCUUUUAAGAAGAUCUUAAUGUUUGGGUCAAGAUCCCAGUUCUUAUGGGUCCAUGAACACACCUGUGACCUGCGUACUUGGCCGUCCAGCAUCGCAGGGGCCUCGCCAAGGUAGACCCUCUGCAGCAGCAUCUUUGCCGCAUUCCUCUGCUCCGGCUCAUCUGUGCUGCCCGAAGUUCCGUUCUGCUGCUUUUGCAUGGUAGCUCUUGUCAAGUUUCUUUCUUUCCUUAUUUUUUGAUUUUGGUGUGAAUUUCGUGGACGUCUGGCAGGAGGUUUGACUGGGUUAGGAGAAACCCAUGGCACUAUUAUUGAGUAAAACCCAGAAGUCUGAUGUUAGCAUACUGGUCAUUGAAAAAGAAAUUCCAUCUUCACUUAGUAUACUUCGGCCUUUUAAAGUUGCUGUUGUUUCUCUAUAAUGAGCACAGGUAAUGGCAUUAUUCUCAUAACUGUUAGAUAGUCUUACAACAAAGUGUCUUUUAAGUUUCCUGUUAAAAUCAUACGUAUUUUUUCACCUUGAGGGGAAUUUUGUUGUGAAAUUCUGGAAAAAAUAAUCACCACCUCUCUUUGUAACUUACUUAUAUGACUUUAAAAAUCUCUAGCAUGUGUCCUUACUUGGUAUUUUGUUCCUGUCAAUAGCAUUUAGAAAGGAAAAGAGAAGGAAUGGGCUUUGGUCAUUUCUGUUACACAGAAGAGGAUUCAUUAGGUUAGUACACUCUCUGGUCACAGAGUGGUGAGAACAGUGUGGCUCAGAGUUUCUGUGUUCUCUGCCAGACUGUGAGACUCACACAGGAUGACACAUGAUAGUAUCAGGGUGGGGGGACUGAGAAAGUGUUUUACUCUUUAUUCUUUGAACCAGUGGCACGAGUGCAGCCCCCCAGCGUUAGGGAGUGGAGAGCUCUGUCCUCUCAAGCCGUGUCCGAACUACAGCAGUCACUUGGAUGUCAAAGCAAAGAGCCCACACGAAGACCUCUUGGGUUUUGUUAUGGAGCACAGCAAGUAAAAGGCCCAAGCAGGGGACAGUCGCAGGGCUGACUGCUCUGCUGAAGUAAGCUUUCUUCUAGUCUCCACUUUGGAUGGUAUUCCGUUUAGAAGGGAUCUGCUAGAGGCUGGAGUAACUGAAGCCACACACUAGCCCUUCCCCGCUCAGAUCCCAUUCUCUUAGGCCAGUGGUUCUCAAACAUCAGGGUGCGUUACAAUCACUGAGGAGCUUGUGAAGAACAUAGAAACCUGGCCCUUGCCUUGGGAGGUUCGGAUUCAGCCGAGGAGAGGACAGUUGUCUGUAUUUUUAUCAGGAACCUCAAGUAAUCUUUAUCAGGUGGUCCCUGGGUCAGAGUUUGAAAAGCACUACCUUAAAUAUUAGUAAGUACUUCUCUGUACCUCUCAGGUGCUUGACUCCCAGAGAUGUUUUGAUUAUUAAGAGAAAAAAUAGGUAAAUGAAACCAAUUUUAGAGGCAGAAAAUGCAAUCAUUCUCAUGAUUUAAUCUCAUUUGAUGACUGAGAAAAGUUAAGUGACUUGCCUAAAGUCAUCUUAUAAAAUUAGUGGCAGAGCUAGAACUUGAAUUCAAGUCUCCUAAUUCGUUGCUCAGGGCAAUUUCUACUGUAUUCUGCUGGCUGUUAAAUCAAUGAUUUAUGAACACUUUAUUUUGUCUUUAAGUUGUAUUAUUGUCACUACCCUUAAACUGGCCAAUAGAUUGAAAAAGGUGUGAAAGUGGAUGCCGAGAAUUCCAGCUGUAAGAAGAAAAGUAUCUUAAAUCUUAGAGAAAUGCUAAACGAACCCAAAUACAUGAAUAAAACUGAUAUUUCUUUGUAGGACCCACCAGACAGCCAUGUAACAUGUGCAUGGACAGAGCUUACAUCUCACUUGGAACAAGGUUGACUCUCAGACAGAUUUGUAAAAUUAGAUAAUUUCACCAUGGAUAUUAAACAAAUAGGAAUUUUUUAGCCAGCAAGAAAAGUACCACAAAGUGGUUUUGCCAUAAACUUUUUUUUUAACCCACAUAUUUAAAAGAAAAUAAAGUUUUGGAGGCAAAAGCACCCAAUGUUAACAUUAAAAAUCAGUUACUAAGUACAAUAAUUAAUAUUAAUUAAAAAAUUUUUUAAUAAAAAAUAAAUUUAAAAAAAUUUUUUAAAAAGGUUCCAUAAAUUACAUCCUUUUGGAGAGAGUCAGACGCUGGGCUCACAUGUCACCCAGCUCUGCAUUUCAGUCCAGGAUUUGGUAACCACUAUAGUGUUUUUAUGUUAUCAAAUAACAUCCGCAUUCUACUACUAACCCCCCCAAAAAUACCUUGCGAGGUAGGUGACAGGAUCACCAACUGACUUUAGAGGAAAUGGAGGGUCAGAAAGGUUAAGUGAUUUCCCUUAAGUCACAGAGCUGGCACUGGGCGGCAGUGCUGGGAUUCACACCGAGGUCUGUGUUAUCCCAAAGGCCUGUGCUGACUACUCUACCAUUUUGCCCUUUUGUUUGUAAAGGAUGGGAAACUAGCCUGGUAAUAUGUUUAGCAUCCUCUGUCAAUUCUGUAUCACAGAGCUGGCUUACCUUCUGCCAUGUAAGAGAACAUUUGCAAGACUGGAAAUUUCCAUUAGAAUUAAUACCAUAAAAGGUAGGGUGUACAUACAGUCCAUUCCUAACUGGAAAACCGCAAGCACGAUAAGCAGCUGUGAAGUAAAGGAAAAUGUAGAGUAAAGAGCCUUGUAUAAAAAUAGAGCUACAAGAUGAGAACUAAAAAGUAGCCAGCAAACUCAACAAAACAAUCCUUGUCCUCUUUGAGGUAUAGUCGUGAUCAAAAAGUCAUGAGGGGGAUAUUAAUCCAGGAAUUACAGGGCAUCAGGAAUGCUUGGCUCUUGGAGGAAACUGCAGCUUACAAUUUCCAGAUCUCAUUUCACUUCAGAGUUUAAAAUCCAAUCUGGUGUUUUUUACUCUAGAUUUUAUUUAGUCAUUUUUAUUCAUGAUAAUUGGUGAGUGUAUUAUAAUUGGUAAUGUGGUAUAAUUGUUGGUAAACAUAGUAUCAAUUAUACUUGUUUUAAAAAGCUUUCCACAGGGGCGCCUGACUGGCUCAGUUGGUGGAACAUGCGACUCGUGUUCUUAGAGUCAUGAGUUUGAGCCCCACCUUGGGGGAGGAGGAUUGAUUGUACUUAAAAAAAAUUCUUGAAAAACAACAUAUUUUCUAUACAACAGCAUAUUAGUGGCAGUGCUGCUGAAUAAGUGUAGGCACAUCAAAUAUUUAGUAGUUUGUUAUCUUUAAUUAUGAAAAUGAAGUGGCUAAAGCAAAUGAGACCUCUAUCUUAAUCUUUUGAGAACAGAUGAGAUCCUUUUUCUCAGAAGCCCAAAGAACAUUAGUAUUUUAUUAUUUCUCCUUGUUAUAUCCGAGAUGAGGCUAUACCAAAAAUUUUAGGAAAACAAGGAAAAGGUUCCCCACGGCUAUGUCUAGAACCAAGAUCACAUUAUAUCAUGGUUAAAGUUUUGUUUUCUAGAAAGUGCAAUAUAGGAAAAGCACUCCGAGAACCUUUUAGAAGCCUAGUGUUUCCGCCAUUAGUCAGAAUAUAUGGUAUUGGCAUCCAGAAGUUAUCUAUGAAAGCUUGUGUUUAGCAGGAGAAAUAGUCUGAUAACACUGAUGACAAUCAUCCCCCUUUAAUGACCAGCAGCCAUGGAGAGUUAGGAAAAGUCACGCAGUCAUAGCCUGUGUUGGUCAUAAAAGAAAGCAUAUACACUAUAUGAAUUUUUGGAUAACUAAUGCAUAUCUCUUAAGUGCCAAAAUGUUAAACUUGUAAUUAUUUUUGAUGUGAGCCUUUCAGAUGUUAGCAUACCUUCCUGCCUUCUUAAACAGCAUGCUCAGCAUAAUUCACAUUUUCAUGAUGAAAAGUUAUAUUCAUGUGUUAUCACAAAUAUCCAGUUAGCUCUAAUGUAUGUAAAAUACUUCAUAAAUUAUAAAGGGCUAUAACAAAUAUGAAUUAAUAUCAAUUAUUAUAAGGUGAUUCCCUCAGCCCCGAGGUGUACAUAAUCAUUCGCCUCAGGUUGCUGGUGUUUGGAGAGGUUUUCAUUUAAAAGUUUUUAUAUCUGCUAAGUCGUUCGUUCCGUCUGCUACCACACUGUCCAUACGCCCACCUCUCACAGGCUCUAGGUAACGUGCCGUGUUCAUCUGCUACGAGCUGGGACAUGAGAUGACCAGGCUUGCGUGGUGUCUGGAGACUGCAUGAGCCCUGGUUGCAGUCUUGGAGAGCGCUCUCAUCUGGGAGCAGAAAGAUUAACAGUAACCUUCUGGAGAACAGCAGUUCCCAGUUAAAGCCUGAGCUAGUUCUUUUCUCUGUUGCCGCUCAGUAGAAUACUAUGAACUAAGGAUGCUGCUAGAUUCAGGAACAGACCAAGCAAUGUACCAAAGUGUAGCCAAGUAACAGCAAAGGCUCUGGAUUUGCAAAGGGUAUUGUCCAUGCUUUUGAGAAAAAAGAAGAAUCCAGGUUGGGGGUAGGGGAACAAGGAAAAUUGACAAUAAAAUCCACAUAGACUUGAGUAUUUUUGAUGCCAUUAAACUUAGUCAAUAAUCAUUAAAAUACAUGUUUAAGUUAUCACACAUUGUCUCAUUGCAGAGUAAGAUCAUACUGAAAUUUAUACAUCUUUAGGAUGAUUCCUAAGAAUUUCUCCCAUUCAAAUAACAGAAAUCAUCAAAAGGAAUGUCUCAAACUUACCUGUAUGCUGCUUCUUUAGUUGUAAAUGAAUUAAUAAUGGAAAUAUGGGUUUUAUCAAAAGCUCCAAGGAACACAUCUCACAUAUGCACACCUCGUAUAUGUAUGUGUAUAUGAAUGUCACUAUAAAUGAGAAUGUCACCCAGAGACAAUAAAAUAAUUUUAAAAUUUAAAUCUUGUUCAUAGUAUUUAAAAUAAAAUUUUCACCUUUCCUAAGUUUCUUCCUCAUUUUAAUUUCAUGGUUUUUACACUAUUAGUUGAAUAUUCAAAUUUUCUUUUAAAUUUCACUUCAUCUUUCAUUUCCAAAAUGUGCUUUGUUAAUUUUAGAUUCACAUUUUUAGGAGAGUUGGAAAUGUUCCCAAUAAUAUCCGAGACACCAGAAAGUUUCUCACUAGGUGCUGAGGUACUGUUAAGUUCUUUCACUAGACUGUAAGCUCCUUGAGGGCAGGGACUAGCUUACGUUUCUUUUAUCCCCAGUACCCAAUACAGGAUCUGACAGAGUGGUUGUUCAAUAAUUUAUUUGUUGUACAAAUCAAAUGAACCUUAGCCAUAUGUGGCCUCAAUUUCCCAUGAAGCCAGAAUGUGACGUGCAAAUAGAGAAAUCUAUCAUUUAUUAUAAUGAAUAGACUAUAUUCAUCAGAGUAAGACUUUUUCUGACCUGUGGUCAGAAAAACUAAGCAUUUCUCACUGAUUUGAAAAACUGCGAAACUCAGUUUUUCAUUCAACAAGCAUUUGAAUCCAUACAAUAUGCCUUGUCCAGUACUAGGGUCUCAAGGGACAGACAACUAAGGCGGUGGUCUCCCACAGCUUGCAGCGCUGGCUUCACGCGUGUGCAACCAGCGCGGUCCGACAGAGGCCUGCAUGGAGAAGAGCCGCAUGCUGGUGUGAUGCGCUGCUGGGGGCAUCUGAAAAUCCUUAAUGUUCUGAACGGGGUCCCAUAUUUUGUACACUGGGCUUCCAAAUUCUACAGCUGGUCCAGUUUCAAUACUAUCAUUUUGACGUGGUGGGAAAGAUAGGAAUUACAGUGUCUUUUACAUACUGUCUAGUAGAGAUAUUCCCAUCCAUUUAAAGCUAGCCAGAAAGUGAAUGAUUUAGUUAAGUGAUUUCUAAAAUCUCAAAUUAAGACCACCUCCCUCCCACAAACAUCUUAACGAAUUUUCAUUUCAGAAUUAGGAAGGCUUUCUACAAGUGUAUUGGCUUUUUACCAUUUCAGUUGGAUUGUUCUGAGGUUUUCACUGACGACUGUACAGUUGUGGGUGAUUUUAUCUACAUACAUCCAUACAACCUAUAUGCAAUUUUAAGGUUUCAAUAAACCAUUUAUUAAUAUA